AUGUCACAGGGUGAAACAAAGUCCUACGAGGCCGUUGAAGCUUCGCUACCCUUGUCAAAGGUUAAUCUCGACGAGCCUCGGCAACUAGGCUCCGGGUCCAGGGCCAAUCUCAAGACACUCGUUGUACUGGAUGACGAUCCCACCGGCACACAGACAGUACACGACAUCACCGUCCUGACCAGUUUCGACAAGCUGGUUCUGGAGGAAGAACUCGCUAAGAGAGGUCGAGGAUUCUUCAUCUUAACCAACUCCAGAGCAUAUCCCGAGGUAGAGGCAAAGGUCUUACUGGGCAAGCUCCUCCGCGACCUACACGACGGAAUCGCCAAAGUGGGCGUCGAGGUCGAGGUAGUCACCCGAUCAGAUUCUUGUCUUCGCGGCCACUUCCCUUUGGAGCCUGAGCUGGUGCAUGACAUUGUCGGUCCUUUCGAUGCUUGGGUGCUGACCCCAGCAUUCUUUGAAGGCGGUCGGGUCACGGUGGAUGAUGUGCAUUAUGUUCGCGAAGGUGAUGAUCUCGUCCCGGUGGCCAUGACUCCUUUUGCUGCCGACAAAGCCUUCGGGUUUCGGUCCAGUAACCUGCGGGCCUGGGUGGCAGAGAAGUUUCAACAGGCUGGUCAAACACCUCCAGAGAUUGUCAGCAUCAGCAUCGAGGACCUGCGACGAGAUGAUGCCGUUGCUCACGUGGCAUCACGACUCGAGGACAUCAAAAGACGUUCAAAAGAAUCACCACGGACACCCCCUGUGAUCAUUCUCAACGUGUUCCACCACAGCGACAUGAAGACCUUCAUCACCGCAAAAGCACAGACCAAUGUGUCCCUUCUGUAUCGGAGUGGAGCCAGUCUUGUAUCGGCAUAUCUGGGGAUCGAUCCUGUACCGCCAAUCACACCACAAAGCCUAUCUCCGCGGACCAGCAACCGACCUUUCGGUGGAUUGAUCAUUGUAGGGUCUUAUGUACCCAAGACCACGAUACAGCUGUCAUAUCUCCUUGAAAAUUGUCGCCAACAUCUCGAGCAUAUCCAGAUUGACGUUCAACAAGUUCUGAAGUCAUCCGAGAUCGAGAGGACCAAGCUCGUCGCAAAGACAGUGUCGACCAUGGAGGAGGCUUUGCAACAGGGGCUCGAUGUUGUCGUCAGCACCAGCAGACAGCUUAUCACCCAUGAAGAUGCUCAGAAGAGCUUGCGUAUGGGCAAAGUUAUUAGUGAUCUGUUGUGCUCAAUUACAGCAAGCGUCAACGUCCGACCGAAAUAUGUCAUUGCUAAGGGAGGUAUCACGAGCAGCGAUAUUGCCACUCAGGCCCUUCAAAUGAAGAAGGCAAACGUGGUUGGUCAGGCAGCUCCGGGAAUACCACUCUGGGAGUCGAGCGAGCAGGAUAUUGCCAAAUGGGCAGACGUCCCUUAUAUUGUGUUUCCAGGAAAUGUCGGCGGAGAACAUGCUCUUGGGAAUUUAGUGGCCUCUUAUCGAUAA